CCUUUGCUGAGCUGUCGGUGAAGCAGGAAAUUUCGCGGAUUUCUUCAACUUCACCUGCAACGCGAGAUGGUCGUGCCGAAGGCUCUCCCUUUCGAUAAAGUCUUACAGAAACGCCUAGUGCUGUUUCUAGUGCUGAUGAUCUGCCAGAAUGGCUACGCCAGCUUUAUCAAAGUAAGACCCAACACCCUGAGGGAGUUCCAGUACCUCAAAUGCCAGGGGGAGUUCAACAAGGCCCAGUACGUGUCCCUCAGUCACGUGUGCGAAGACUGCCAUAACCUCUACCGCCAGCCGGAGAUCCUGACGGAGUGCAAGGCAAACUGCUUCCAAAACACUUUAUUCCCCACCUGCGUGAGUCUCCUGAUGCUAGACCGCCACGAAGACGAACUCAACAAAAAGGUGGCUCUCAUCAGCGGCCAAGAGCUCUAGACCCGCAGCACCGUAUCUUACUCGAACAGCGCUGGAUCCGAGAACAUUUCCUUUUUUGGUGGUCUAGAACGAAUUUUCGGAACAUAUUAAAGAUUUUGGGUUAAUUUCGAAUAUGAUCUUGCCAGAACAUUUCCAAUAUGUUUUGUUUUGUUUUGUUUUGUUUUGUUUACUUGGAUCCGUCAUUGUUUGUUGUUUGAUCAGUGAAUCAAAUGCGAUCUAUGGUAUUAUGAUGAGCAUAGCAUUUGUGAGCAUAUGAUAUAUGUGUAAGUCAAUAUGAUCAAGAAUAAAAUAUCAAAGCACACGCUUUAGCACGCCAUUUCGUGUUAUCUGAGGCUGGAAGUGUUAGCAAUACGAACCGACCGCUUAAAAGCAUAUUCGUUGUAUGUGUAAUAUAUUUUUUUUCGCGGAGUUAAAAACCAUUAAGUUUCGUUUAUCGCGUGGCAUUGGAUAAACUGCUGAUUAUCAAUUGCCCUCAAAAUAUUCAGAAUAAAAUGCAGACGAAAAUCA